AUGAGAGUUUCUCGAAAACGCCGCCAUGUUCCUACACCUGGUGAGACAGCCCGUCCAAAGCGGGGGUCAGUUACUUGCACUGCCCCUCCUCGCGCCACUUCUCCAGAAUUCUGGGUGGAGGUGCCCGUGUUAACGAAAUCCAAGCCUGCAUUGAGGCUAGCGAAGCAAACUACGCCCGUCCGCAAGGCGACUCCACCCUCAGUAGACUUUUGGGUGGAGGUUCCACCGCUGCCCAAACGGACAACAGUUAAUCAACCACCUACCGAUACUCAUGAAUUGUCGGAGGACGAGGUUAUGGAAGAUAGAGAUCUUCUUGUCCCUGGGGAAACAUUCGUGGAUGGUAUUAAUGAUGACGACGAGGAUGUGCCCGUCCGCGAGCUGACCGACUUCUCCAUCUAUGAUUGGGAUAGUCUAAAAUUUAUACCCGUAGAAAACCUUCUUCAGAUCAGCGACGGCCAUUUAUACGGUGCAUCUGGUAUCGUUAAACGACAUGUCAACGAAAGUAAUGUAGACGAAGACGAAGACGAAGAGUCUGAUGAUGGCUCUUCUCUAGGAGAGUUCACGCACAGAUCAAAGCUUUCGAAGAUACUGGAGUUCAAUAUUCAUCAUCUGCCUGAGAAAUCGCUUGAGCUGGACCCCAAAAUCUAUAUUCGCACCGAGUUUGCUUGGUAUAUACUGGACGUGCCGUCGCACAAUUAUCUCCCUUUCUAUGUGGAACUUUGGAUCAAGCAUCGCCUCGUUCAUCUUAUUGUUUCCGCAAGUGUGGACGAUGUUGACACGGACUACGAUGAAUUCGUGAGAUUCUUAAAAGUCACACCUGAUUCCCCAGAGGAAGUCACCUUGGCCAUUGAUAUUAUUGGUCGAGAGCUCACAGAAGCCGAUCUACUAUCUGAUGAUGCGAAAGCAUAUGUCACUGCAACCAUUGAUGACUUGUGCGAGGACAGUCCGCAACUUCGUCGGGCUAUUUAUCGAGUUCCGCUUAUUUGUUCUUUGCGAAAAGCCACCGAGGAUCGUGUUGACUCCGAGACAGCGACCAAGGGGGUGAUCAAGGCGAAGGCGAAAGCCAAGCGGCGCUUGAACGAUAUGGAAAAAGACGUCCUUCUCCAUCGCAAUAAAACCGUGGUCACACCAGCUGUGGCUCGCAUCGCACAUAAACUAUUUGUUCAGACCCUCCGCAUCGCAGGAGAGUCGCUGCAGAACGACACGGCAGAGGAUGUCUCGGUGGCUACCGCAGAGAUGCACGUACAUUCGACUGACCCUGCUCUCAUUGAGUGGGAGAAAGAAUCACAAACUGUUCCGAAUCAUUUUCAGAGGGUCCGUAUUGAUGGCGCGCUCUAUUGUGCUGGUGACAUCGUCAUUGUUGAGAAAGGUGAAGACACCAACCAAGUACGCGAACGCAAUGCUGCCACCGAGAAAGCUCGCACCUCCAACUCGCUUGCAAACACGAAGUGGUUCUGCAAAAUUUGCUACAUGUAUGAGAAAGCAGAUACUGUCAAGUCGAAGUCGAAGACUGAGACGGUCCGCAAGAAAUACUUCCAUGCCCAGUGGCUGCAGCACGGCUCCCAGGUGCUCCUCCAAGAAACCGCUCAUUCUAACGGGCUGUUCUUUAUCAACGAGUGUGACGAUCUCCCGCUAGAAUGUAUCUAUCAACGGUGCAACUUGCGCCUUUUGAGAUCUAAUGAAGAUGAGCCCCCUGACGAACCUGGCUCUGGCACGGGUGGAGAGAAUGAUUUCCACGCUGGCCUCACUUGGGAUCAAGAUCAAUCCGCGUUCGUUGAAAUAUCACCCGAUGUUAUAUCAUGUGCGUUGCGGAAGUGCAAGCGCCACAAACCUUGCAUCGCCUGCGGUAUUCGCUCUUUACACGAGGACCGGGCUGCAUGGAAGAAACUUACCAGCGAGGGAAUAUCCGGACAUGACGUCGACUACCAUGUCCAUGACUUCGUUUAUCUCAGAUCGCCUAGCUGGCAAGCGGAGUUGUACGACAUUGCCCAAAUAGUUGGAUUCGAUUUUGGCAAACACGAGAAGCAAAACGACGAUACCGAACCGCCUCUGCAAAACGACGAGCGCCGCUUGUUCCAAACUAAUGUGAUUGCGGAUGUCGACCCUUCAGACAUCGAUGGCAAGGCAUACGUUCUGGCCUCGUCUCAAAAUAAUCUUGAAGAGUGGCUCUCGCAGGACGACACUUUUUUCGUAGACCGGUUUGCUGAGACUGUUGAUGUCAACUGCCUAGAUGACCUGCACGAAGUGCCAGGCUGUCUCCACCAGUGCAAGAUCUGUCUCAAACAACGCCGCUCUGAGGUGAAGGAACAGAACCGCCUACUGGAGCGGUGGGGUCCUUUACGUGGUUUGGAAUUAUUCGCAGGUGCUGGUGGUUUGUCCACCGGUCUCGAAUUAUCGGGCUUCGUGGAAACAAAAUGGGCAGUUGAAUUUUCUCCCAGUGCCGCAUUAACAUAUUCUCGUAACCAUCCUGGAGCCAUAAUAUACAACCAGUGUACAAACCUACUACUGCGUCAUGCCAUUGAUACUGCAGAGGGUAAGGAGCCUGAGCCUCUCAAGGACCUUAGGCCAGGUGACAGUGCUAUGAGUUUGCCACCCAUGCCAAAGCGUGGAGAAGUUGAUUUUGUUUAUGGGGGUCCACCUUGCCAGAGUUUCUCUAUGAUGAAUCACCACAAGAAAGAUGAUGAUGUUCGGAAUACACUAGUCUGCAAUAUGCUAGCAUAUGUGGAGUUCUACCGACCAUCAUAUUUCUUACUUGAGAAUGUUGUAGGCCUUCUGUCUUAUAGUCUGAAAGGCCAAGCAUCCAAGCAGGGUGUAAGGAUGGGUAUUGUCAAGUUUGUCAUACGCACAUUGACCUGCCUCGGAUACCAAGUGCAUUUCAAGGUUCUUCAAGCUGGACAGUACGGUGCACCGCAGGGCCGCAGACGCGUGAUUUUUUGGGGUUCCAAGCGAGAUGUGCCCCUUCCCCAAUUCCCAAUACCAACCCACUGCUUUCCGAAACCCAUGCACCAUUUCAAUCUCGAGAAUGGUGAUUCACUGCAUCCGGCUACUCGUGCUAACGUGGAUGAGACAAGUGACAGGUCCGAUUAUCAUCAGUGUGCACCACUACCACCCAUCACGGUGAACAGUGCCAUUGGAGAUCUGCCACGUUUUGACUGGAUUGAUCCUCACAUGGAGAUCAAGAUGACAGCUAGAGAUAUGGAAGAAGCGGGUAUUCGCAUGGCUGACGGCAUACCCAGGUUUGAUGCAAUCACUUCUCCCGAACCUGUCUUUCCAGGUUUCACAACUCCUGUACCUUAUCCCCAAGAGCCAUUGAACCGUUAUCAGGAGUGGAUCAGGCGAGGUGCAGGCACGAACGUCUCUUACCAGUAUACGCGGCGCUUUGCGGCGCGUAUUGUGGAACGGGUUGUCAAUGUACCUCUGCACUCAGGCACCGGCCAUGCUGAUCUGCCAUCGAGGCUGAAGCUGGGCAGGCUGUUACGACGAAAGGAUAGCGCUUAUCGAGAUAUCUAUGGGAGGAUUGACGGCGAUAGUUUCUUCGCGACAGCGAUGACAACUGUUGCGCCAAAUGCCAAAGGAGGUCGCUUGCUCCAUCCAAAUCAAAAGCGUAUCAUAACAGUGCGGGAAUGUGCUCGCGCGCAGGGCUUUCCCGACACGUAUGAGUUCCUUUCUACGAACGUCCGUCCACCCGAUCGCAUUGCCGAUCAACACCGUCAAAUUGGAAACGCAGUUCCUGUUCCAUUGGCUUUGGCUCUUGGCAAGGAACUCGGUAAAGCACUGAUCAAGCUGUAUCGGGAGAAAGAGGCAAGGGAGGCUCAAGAUAGGACGCGGAGUCCGGAACUGCCAGUAGAGAUCUGA